AGGUUUACUCUGGCAGACUGGCACACACUCAUACACUCGCGGGCUGUGUAGUAGUUAGAGCAGCGCGGUUGAGAAGCGUUCUUUGUGGACUUUAAACUGCAGCACAGCGCGAACACGCACUUUGGAAAGGGGGGGUGACGCUCGCUAACCUGAUUAGCAAGUGAUGAGCAGGGGCCUACGUCUUGCUUGUGGGCAGCUAAGGUUACCGACCGAAACACGCUGCUUAGACCCACGACCAAAGCCAGUGGUUUGGCCUUUUGAAGUCUUUCACAGCAUCCCAAAGAUCCUCGUGUUUGCCGGCUACUCGGACCAGGACUUGAUGCUAGCUCGGUUGGGUCGGAUAUAGUAGCUAGCUAGCUAACGCUGCCCGCUGAAAGAAGUUGUCGGUACGAUGGGUUUACUGUCACAGGGGUCUCCGUAAACUGGGAAGAGGCCAAGAAGUACGCUGACCACAUCAGAAAACACGGUAUCAUACAGUUUUCUCAACGUCUACAACAAAGUGAAGGGACCGCCAAAAAGAUGUGCUGAAAUGGGGAGAGAUGAGGUGGAGUAUAUGUUGGUGGAAUUGGAUGACAAGGAUGAAAAAGUUCGCCUUGUCCUGAACGGAGGAGAUGUUUUGGACAUUCUGCAAGACCAAGGUGAAAAGAUAAACCCCAAUCACCCCACACUUUGGAGACCAGAGUAUAGCAGCUACAUGAUUGAAGGAACUCCAGGUCAGCCUUAUGGUGGGACAAUGUCAGAGUUUAACACAGUUGAAGGCAACAUGGGCAAGCGAAGGAGGGAGGCAUCAUCUGUCCUCAACCCCAAUGAAUCCCUCUGCACAAUUACUGCAUUCCCAAGGUUAGGUUGUGCAGGUUUCACAAAGCCCGAGUACCGACCGACACCUGUUGAAAAGGGAAGGUGUCAAAGUCACUGUUUUUGUCCAGAUGAAGCCAUCAGCAGACACCCGAGAUUCAGCACUCUUACAAGAAACAUUCGUCAUAGAAGAGGAGAGAAAGUUGUCAUUAAUGUGCCAAUCUUCAAAGAUAAAUGCACUCCUUCUCCAUUUGUGGAGGAGUUUCCUGAGGAUGAUGGUGAAGCAGCCAGAGCGGCUCUGCCUGACCACAUUUAUAUGGACGCCAUGGGCUUUGGCAUGGGCAACUGCUGUCUUCAGGUUACAUUCCAAGCUUGUAGCAUUGAUGAGGCAAGAUAUCUUUAUGACCAACUAGCCACUUUCUGCCCCAUUGUGAUGGCACUGAGUGCAGCCUCGCCCUUCUACAGAGGUUAUGUGUCGGAUAUCGAUUGUCGCUGGGGAGUUAUUUCUGCCUCGGUGGAUGACCGGACACAGGAGGAACGUGGACUGAAGCCUUUGAAAAACAACAAAUACAGAAUCUUCAAAUCAAGGUAUGACUCGAUUGACAGCUACUUAUCCUGCUGUGGUGAGAAGUACAAUGACAUCAAUUUAACAAUCGACGAGGGGAUCUACAAGCAGCUGCUCGGCGCAGGAAUUGACAAACUGUUGGCCCAACAUAUAGCACACCUCUUUAUUAGGGAUCCGCUUUCCGUCUUUGAAGAGAAAAUACAUUUGGAUGAUGAAAACGAGUCCGACCACUUUGAGAACCUGCAAUCGACAAACUGGCAGACGAUGAGAUUUAAACCACCUCCUCCAAACUCUGAUAUUGGCUGGAGAGUUGAGUUCCGCCCCAUGGAGGUGCAGCUGACCGACUUUGAAAACUCUGCCUACGUGGUGUUUGUCGUUCUGCUCACCAGAGUGAUCUUGUCCUACAAGCUGGACUUCCUGAUCCCCUUAUCGAAGGUUGAUGAGAACAUGAAGGUCGCGCAGAAGAGAAACGCUGUCCUUGAAGGCAUGUUUUACUUCAGGAAGGACAUCUACAAAGGCUGUGUCCCAGUUCUAGACGGAGUCGCCUGUGCUCAGAAUGGCUUGGAGCCAGACUGCGGUAACGAGGAAUACACGCUGAUGAGUAUUGACACCAUCAUCAACGGGAAGGAGGGAGUUUUUCAAGGACUUAUCCCCAUUCUGAACUGCUAUCUGGAAAACAUGGAGGUUGACGUUGACACCAGGUGCACGAUUUUAAACUACCUGAAACUCAUCAAGAAACGUGCCUCAGGUGAGCUGAUGACCAUGGCAAAGUGGAUGCGGGAGUUUGUUGCCAGUCACCCUGAGUACAAGCAGGACAGUGUCAUAACCGACAAGAUCAACUACGACUUUUUCCGAAAGUGCGACAGGAUUGGAAAAGGUGAAGAGCCAUGCCCCGAGCUCAUCGGAAACCCUGUGAAUAAGGUCAAAUGAAGGGGGGAAAAUAUAUAAUUUUACACAGAAUGGUAGAAGGAAAGACCAAAUGUUUGGCUCAGAAUGACAGCUGUCCACUUUUAAGCAUUUGUAUGUUGGAAAGAACACGGCUGCAUUGUGUGUGUGUAUAUACUGUAUCAGAUUUUUAUGAUUACAAAAUUAUUUUAAUAGGGUUAUGUCAUGCAAAAUACUAUAUAAUAGAAAUGAGAUAUGUAUUUAUUUUUCUCUGGAAAUUGGGUCUGCGUACGAGUGUUCUGACAGUUGUACAAUAAUCUGCUUUUAAUCUCAAGAUCUGUAAAUAUGUCUCCUCUUUAAAACAUCAACUUUUUUCAUUGCUGGAUGUGAGCUUUCUUCAUUCUUGGCAGAAUUGUUCUUCUCCCGUCUCCAAUAAGUGACUGUUUACGGUGCUGAUACUGUGGUGGGACUUUGAAGACUGUGCUGAUCAAUUGCUGUUUGUCAUGUGAUGCUGCGUUCAAUAAAUGUACAGCAGUAAACUGUUUCUGC